AUGGCCGACGGCAAGGCGACUCUGGCCCGGGAAUCCGCCGCCACCCCGGUCGGCCGGUCGCCCCGCUUCCUGCUUCCCCGCGCGAGCGGCGGCACCCGUCUCCCGGACCUGCCGUCCCAGCCUAGCAGCCCGGAUCUCGUUCUCGACGGCGGGAUCCGGGCGAGUUUCGACGGCUGGCCGGAGGCGGAGUCCCUGGAUCGCUGGGGGCAGUGGGUGGCGAAGCUUCGGCCGCUGCACGAGCCCCUGUGGCGCGAGCUCGGGAUCCUGGAGGGCAUCCUCGCGACCACGUACCGCGUGUGGCGCGGGGGCGAGGGCGCGCUGCUCCAGCUCGUGCCCUUCUGGUCCCCCGAGACCAACACCUUCGUCUUCCCCUGGGGCGAGGCCACGGUCACGCUGGAGGACGUGGCCGUCCUCGGGGGUCUUCCCCUCGUAGGGGAAUCCGUGCGCGAGCCCCUGUCCGACAAGCUCCAGAUGGACGACGAGCGCGCGCUCGGGGCCGUCCGCGAUCUCCUGAUGAACCGGAGCGAGGGCACCGGGUGGAUGAAGCACUUCCGCAUCCGCCACCAGCAGCGCCGCCGUCCGGAGGAGACGACGGCAGCGGCGGCCGGCGGCCGUGACGAGGAGCAGCUCCUCGAACACGGCGCUUUCCUCUCCAUGUGGCUCUCCCGCUUCGUGCUCCCGUCGCCGCCGUUCGGCGCCGUCCCGGAGGAGGAGGUGAUCCCCAUCGCCGUCCGCCUGGCGCGCGGCCAGAGCGUGGCGCUCGCCCCCGCCGCGCUCGCCAGCAUCUACAGCGACCUCUCCGCGCUCCGGCGCCACUUCGUGUGGGCCAAGCGAACGGAGGCGCCCUCGGUCUCGGCGCCGAUGCACAUCCUCCAGCUCUGGGUCUGGGAGCGCUUCCCCGAGCUCCGCCCAUCGGCGCCGGCGGGCAUCCCGGACUCCGCCGGCGGCGGCGACGUGCCGGUGCCGAGGGCUGCCCGCUGGCACGACGUCGCUGGCAGGGCACUCGACCCGGGCUACCUGCACGCCGUGCUCGCGGCACCGAAGGUGUUCGAAUGGCGCCCCUACGGAAGUUGGGCGGUGCCGUCCUUCGCAAGGUGCUUGCGCCCGUGCGAGCUCGUGGGCAUGGACUCCGUCGAGCAGCACCGGCCUCACCGUGUGGCGAGGCAGCUUGGGUUCGACCAGGACGUGCCCCGGAUCGUGACCCGGCUGAACUCAGAUUCCUGGGAGAAAGCAUGGGAAACAUACGAUAUCGGCGCAGGGUGCUAUGCGUUUGCUGUUCCCAGUGACAAGCCAGGUGUGACAGAUGAGUAUGCUCAGUGGUGGAAGCACGGGUAA